AUGGAAUCUGGCUUCACCACCAAGGAUAUUUAUUUGAGCCAUUUUAACCCUCGGGAUUACCUAGAAAAAUAUUACAAUUUUGAGUCUAGACAUUCUGCAGAAAAUCAGAUUGUCAGAUAUCUUUUGGAAAAUCUUUUCAAGAUAUUCUGUCUGGACGGCGUGAGGGGAGACCUCCUGAUUGACAUUGGCUCUGGCCCCACCAUCUAUCAGCUCCUCUCUGCCUGUGAGUCCUUCAAGGAAAUCAUUGCCAGUGACUACAGUGACCAGAACCUGCAGGAGCUGGAGAGGUGGCUGAAGAAGGAGCCUGGUGCCUUUGACUGGUCUCCAGUAGUGAACUACGUGUGUCAUCUUGAGGGAAACAGAGUCAAGGGGCCUGAAAAGGAGGAAAAAUUACGCCAGGUGGUCAAGCAGGUCCUAAAGUGUGACGUGACCCAGAGCCAGCCACUGGGGCCCGUCUCCCUGCCCCUAGCCGACUGCCUGCUCACCACGCUGUGCCUGGACGCAGCCUGCCCCGACCUCCCUACCUACCGUGCAGCCCUCAGGAACCUCGGCAACCUGCUCAAGCCGGGGGGCUUCCUGGUGAUAGUUGACGCCCUGAGGAGCAGCUACUACAUGAUCGGCGAGCGGAGGUUCUCCAGCCUCUCUCUGAGCCAGGAGGCCGUGGAGACGGCCGUGCGAGAGGCCGGCUACACAAUCGAACAAUUCCGCGUGAUCUCUCUAAGUUACUCUGCCACCACGGCCGACAACGAAGGGCUCUUCUCCCUGGUGGGACGAAAGCCGAGAUCAUCUGUAUGA